UCGGCGCGCCAUGUGUGGUAACACGCUCUGUCGCUGCCACGCUAUUUAAACACCGGCUAUGGAUCCAGGAACCCGCGCGAAUCAAUGAGAUCAAACGCGAAGGAGAUGCACCGUCAAUUACAAGCACUUGGACAAGUCUAACUUUUUUUUUUCCUUUUACAAAUAUGCUUUCAAAAGCAACCUUAGCAACGCCCAAAUAAGAAGCCACCUCUAAGCAAAAUAGCAUAUGUAUAAAGGGAGGGCGAAUAUAUAUAUAUUUAUAAUAAGUAUAUAUAUGCAUAUUACAGUCGCACAGGUUUACACUCGGCGAACUUUUUUCUUUUUCUUUUCUUUUUUUUCUUUUUAAAAACUUGUGACAUUGAGAGAAGGACUCUUCCUCUCUGUGUUUGGGCGCGUUAGCGAAGGGGGUAUUCUAUUUUCUUAGAGCGCCCAAGGGGGCGCAGGGACCUCGGAAAGAAGAGUGGGGAGGAAAGAGGAAGGGUGGGUGGGGGGCAGAGGGCGAGUCGGUGGCGAGGGCGAGCGCUUUCUCGAGGCACGAUGCAGUCCCUGCUGGUGCUCACUUUCUCCGCGUGCGUCCUGCUCGGCUGGGCGUUGCUGGCUGGCGGCUCGGGUGGCGGUGGCGGCGGCGGGGGCACGGGCCCAGGCGGAGGGCGCCGGGAGAGAGAGGCGCUGCCGCCUCAGAAGAUCGAGGUGCUGGUGCUGUUGCCCCGGGAUGACUCGUAUUUGUUCUCCCUGGCCCGGGUGCGGCCGGCCAUCGAGUAUGCGCUGCGCAGCGUGGAGGGCAACGGCACCGGGAGGCGGCUUCUGCCGCCCGGCACUCGCUUUCAGGUUGCCUACGAGGACUCGGACUGCGGCAACCGCGCGCUCUUUAGCCUGGUGGACCGCGUGGCGGCGGCGCGGGGCGCCAAGCCCGACCUUAUCCUAGGACCGGUGUGCGAGUACGCUGCGGCGCCGGUGGCCCGGCUUGCGUCGCACUGGGAUCUGCCCAUGCUGUCUGCAGGAGCACUGGCCGCCGGCUUUCAACACAAGGACACUGAGUACUCGCACCUCACGCGCGUAGCGCCUGCCUACGCCAAGAUGGGCGAGAUGAUGCUCGCCCUGUUCCGCCACCACCACUGGAGCCGCGCUGCGCUGGUCUACAGCGAUGACAAAUUGGAGCGGAACUGCUACUUUACCCUCGAGGGGGUCCACGAGGUGUUCCAGGAGGAGGGCUUGCACACGUCUGCCUACAAUUUCGACGAGACCAAAGACUUGGACCUGGACGACAUCAUGCGCUACAUCCAGGCCAGCGAGAGAGUGGUGAUCAUGUGUGCCAGUGGCGACACCAUCCGGAGCAUCAUGCUGGCGGCGCACAGACGCGGCAUGACCAGCGGAGACUACGCCUUCUUCAACAUUGAACUCUUCAACAGUUCUUCCUAUGGAGAUGGCUCGUGGAAGAGAGGAGACAAACACGACUUUGAAGCUAAGCAAGCGUACUCAUCCCUCCAAACAGUCACUCUACUGAGGACCGUGAAACCUGAGUUUGAGAAGUUUUCCAUGGAGGUGAAAAGUUCUGUUGAGAAACAAGGGCUCAAUGAGGAGGAUUACGUUAACAUGUUUGUUGAAGGGUUCCAUGAUGCAAUCCUCCUCUAUGUUCUGGCUUUACACGAAGUACUCAGAGCCGGUUAUAGCAAGAAGGACGGAGGGAAAAUUAUCCAGCAAACUUGGAACAGGACAUUUGAAGGUAUUGCUGGGCAGGUGUCCAUAGAUGCCAAUGGAGACCGUUAUGGUGACUUCUCUGUGAUUGCCAUGACCGACACUGAAGCAGGCACCCAGGAGGUCAUUGGCGAUUACUUUGGAAAAGAAGGUCGUUUUGAAAUGCGGCCGAAUGUCAAAUAUCCUUGGGGCCCUUUGAAACUGCGAAUAGAUGAAACCAGACUUGUGGAGCACACCAACAGCUCUCCUUGCAAAUCAUCAGGUGGCCUAGAAGAAUCGGCAGUGACAGGAAUUGUUGUGGGGGCCUUACUAGGUGCUGGUUUGCUAAUGGCUUUCUACUUUUUCAGGAAGAAAUACAGAAUAACCAUUGAGAGGAGAAACCAGCGAGAAGAAAGUAAUGUUGGAAAACAUCGAGAGUUACGGGAAGAUUCCAUCAGAUCCCAUUUUUCAGUAGCUUAAAAGAAGCCUUUUGUUUUUUUUUUUUUUUUCCUUUUUUUGCUUGAGAUUCCUCAAGAAGAUAGAUGGGAUGAAAGACAUCAAUGGAGCUGAAGGGGAGCUCUUAAAGAAUUCAUUCUUUUAAGCAGUUAGCAUUUCAUUUUAAAAUUUCUUUAGAAGCUCAGGAACUAUUAUUAAUCACCAUCUGCCUCCCAGGCUUUCAUCUCGUCACAAACAAAUUUAAGGAUAUAAAGUCACUGUGUUAAAUAUUUCUACUGUGUGGAAGGGCAUAUGAUUUUUUAAAAUCCCAUGUCUUCAUAUCUUGGACAUUCACACAAGGAUAGAGAAGUGUGGUUUUCUUAAGUAAAAUGUUUUGUAGCUAGAAUAAAGUCAUUUUUACAAGUAGAAUAUUCUUGGAAAGAAUUUAAUACCCAAUAAGAGGAAAAUGUAAUGAAAAAUCCCAAGGUUGGAAAUAUAGCAUUAUUCUCUCUGGAGCUGGUGGACAGUGGUUGAGGAGUGUUCUGUCCAACGGCUACAUUCAGGUCUGACUUUAUAUCUCAAGAAAGGAUCUUCCCCGUCUCUUCCAGGAUCUCAUAAAAGCUUCUUGGAAUGUUGUAAAUAUUAGUGAGGUAGGAGGAUAUACAUAAGAAAAGCAAUUCUAAAAUGUUUCUUUUUGAUGUAAAAAAAAGCCCUAUUUCACACUAACAUUUUAUUUUAAGUAUUUAACCUUAUAUUUUGGUAUUAGAAAAUGUGUCUAUUUUUUCAUUUUGAAGAUUAAAGUUCACUUCUAUUUUAAAAGCAUGGGUGAAGUGUACAACAAACUAGUAAUGAUGAAAGAUGCUUCUCUUUCUCUUCCUUUCCUUGAGACUGUAGCCAAACACUAAUUGCUGCUUUAACUAUAGAGAUCAAGAAAUGUGUUCAGAUUACAAACUCUACAGGGAGUACAUUGAGUUUUAAACCAUUUUGGAGUUUUAAGUGCAAAUUGUUUUAGGGUUACAUCCACUCUAAUUCUGACCUAAUGAUGAAUUUCAAGAUCAAGAGCAAAAAGUCAUUAGAAUUAAGUAGAGUUUAUAAACCCAUGUUAAUAGUGGGUUUGGGCAAGGUUGGUGAAGUAUUUACUGGAUAUUUACUCUGCACCUAGUACUGUGCACAGAGGUUUAAACUCAGGUUGCCACUUUUACUUAUCACUUGUGGAGAAAAUAGAGGAGAGGAUAGGAAACCUGUCUUAUGAGUGCACCAUUUUGUAAUUAUGUCACUAAAGUCCUCAAUAACAUUUUGAGCAUUUUCAGCAGUUUUUAAAAUCAUCUAAAAGGCCAUGACUAGAGAGGAAACCAGGGAGCUUGUGCAAUUCCUUGGAGUGAUGGAGAUCACAGUUCACACAGGUAACUGUGGAGGCCAAGCAAUUGAACACAGCAUGCUCUCGAUGUUGUGCUGUGCUUGUGUCCCUGGAGGGUCCUGCAGCUUUUUCUCUCACUUCAGGCAAAACGAGUGGGUUAAUUCUGCAUGGGCAUAUUCCCCUCUAUUGUUUAGAGCAUGGGAUGAAGGCUGUGUGGUAAACGAAUUGCUUGUGAACAGAGGAAACAACUACCUAGAUUCCUACGCUGAAUGCAUAGGAAAAAGUGCUGAAUUAAAAACAAAAGGUGGAAAAAGAAGACAAGGAUGGCACAUUCCAGAAAUUCUAAUGUAGGAAUAGAGUGUGAGAAUAAAACUCAUGAAAGCAAAUGUUUGAUGACUGGGGAUUCCCUAAAGUGAAAACACAAUGAAGAAUGAUGUUCAUCUUAGUUACAUGAACCAGAUAACUUAUUUUUUCCCUCAUUUUUAUUUUUCAAUGAUGUUUUCUAUAUAUUUAGGACACUCAUUUUCUAUUAUCUUACACUUGUGAAAAAUUAUAUUUCAAACCUCUGUGCUUAUUACAGGGUAAAAAACUGUCUGAUUGCAGUCUUUGGGUACAAACAUUUCUAACCUUCAUGGCAUUUAUGGAGUGACCCAUCAGCACCAACAUUGUUACUACAAUUUAUUUCUAUAUAAAAUAGUGAAAUAAUUCUGAAUUUACUAUCAUAUCCCAAGAUAAGAUCUGAAAGAUAAGUGGGAAUUUAGUCUUUUAAAGAUGACAGGACAAAUUGAGACUUCUCACCAGAAGAUGAGAAGAUGGCUAUCAUUCUCCCUCAAUUUUAAAGCAAUUCUAGUGUUCUUAAGAUUGAUUGCUAUUGUCUACUUUCUGUUUUUCUUCCCCUGAAAUCUUCAUAUGAGUCACUGAAACUCCAUUAAGUUUUGAAAACUCCAGUAAGUAGGGAAACUUUGGCUGCAAGUAUAGAUGUCUGGCCUAAGGUGACCCUGGAUUAAGACCUCUUGAGAUUACAUUUUGGGACUUAAAUUCCUAAUUGCUAAGCAACACCUUUGACAAUUAGUCAUUCAUGAUCUUCCAGUAGUCACAUAUUAUAUGGUAAAAUAGAGAUUUAGUUCUUAAAGAAUUCUAUAAAAGUUUCCCUAAAAUGCAGUGUGUGCAGAUUUCAAAAGGGGUAUUUUCUAACCUGGUCAAACAUAAGCUCACAUUAAUGCAGGUCAAAAUGAGUGUUUACUUUUUGGUGUUGGAAAUAGCUACAGGUUUUAUAGUCAUUAUUAUUGUCAUAGAUUUUGGGGAAUUCAGAAAUAAAAACCUUCAGUAGACAGUCUGUAUCUCCUCCCAGCCUGACCACAGGUUUUAUGAGGAAGCCCCUAUAAACAUUACAUUUCUCUGAAGAAUCAUCAGCUUGUUUUUUCCUGCACUACAGACAUGAUUUCAUAGGCCUUAUAAUGGUCCUUUAGAUUUCAGAAGCCACAUUUAACAGAGGGAGAGGAGAAAUGUAUGGAAAGAGAACAAAUGCCUCAUUUUCUCCUUUCUCUUAAAUUCAAAGACUUUUACUUUGGAAUGCCAAGUCAGAUCUCCUUAUUCACAGGCUUCUAGGACAUUAAUUUACUCAAGGCAUAGGUGCCUUCCUUACUCCUAACUUAGUACUUUUCUUCAUUUGAGACUGAUUUUAGAGGCCCUAGGAUACGCAGUGGGGGUAAAGAUCAAGGCCAUGUAGACCUCACAGACAGUUAGUGAUGGAUUAACAAGCAGAUUCCAUUGGACACCUUCUAUUUGUGGAAGUUUCCUUAGGAGACCAAAUAGCAUAUUAUGCUAUCAGUAUUAAAGCCUCAGUUUGUAAACUGGAAGGAAUAAGUGCCUUUGUUUCUUAGGACACAAAGAAUUCAGAUACCACAUGGAUGCAGUUUAAAAGGCAAAUGCCAAUUGACAUUUGGUGCCUCCAUCUACAUGUUAUGGAUUUAAUUGUGCCCUGUGGUUCAUAACUUCAUAAGGUAGUGAGCUGAAUUUCUUCUGCAGUGGAAAAGAAACUGAAACUGUAUAAAAACACAGGAUGUUUUAGAGACAGCAUGGAAGCAGAGAAAUGAGCUGGUGGCAUUCAUGGGGGCAGUUUCUUCUUCAGUUGGUCUUUAGAAAUGAAAGAUAGCGAAUAACUCAAGUCCUUCUCCAAUAGCCAAUUCAGCAAGAAGCUUGGGACAUGUCUAGGAAGAGGAAUCAGGAGCUUGAUCCUCCAAAAGAAAUGGAAGAGGAUAACUUUGUAGGCUUCCACUGUCUUUACAACCUUUUCCUCCCCUAACCCCAUCCACCAUCUAUCAUGGCUUCAAAGAUAGGUCAGCAUUUUGCCCAAGCAAGUGGGAACUUGUGAGCAGGCCUCCGUAAUUCCUCAAAGGAGAAAAAGGCAAAAUAGUGCUGGUGGUAGGACAGUAGAUGGCUUUUAAUCAGAACACUUAAUAGUAUCCUGAUGCUCUUGGGGCAGUUCAACACUGUGGUGUGUAGUGACUCCAACAGGCCAGGUCUGGCUUUGGUUCUUAGCACGCAGAUUUCACAGAUGUUUCUUGUAGGCAUACCCCACCUAGACUGCAGGAUUUAAAUAACUUGCAAAAGGUGCUGGGUUGGAGUUUGUUCAAAUUUCUCAUUAACCACUAAUGCUGAUUCAUACCAAAGGCAAAUUGUUCUAAACCAACCGAUAGUGCUGAUAGAGUGGCUCAAGUGGUUGAGUGCCUGUGUAGCAAGUGUGAGGCCCUGAGUUCAAACCCCAGUAACAAGAUAAAUAAGUAAAUAAAUAAAAAAUUAAAAAUCCAGCUGACAUUGCUGAUGUUCAUGUUUUUAAGCUACUUCAAACACAAAGAAAGGAUUUCAGCGGGAGUCAAGUCUCAGAAGUAAAAAUCUAUUUGUUGUAACUACCCUUUGAUGUGCCAGGUAUGGGAUGAUUCCUGGUGGAGAGAGUUGAAUGAGUUAUGACUUAGCAAAAAUGCUGCAUUGCUUUGAUUCAUAUGUUUAAAGACCUAAAUUUCUAUGCACAAGGAGUAAAGGACCCACUUACCAAGUAUAAAUCUUAAUAGAGGCUACCAAUUAUUUUUAUUUGCUAGGAGAAUAAAGCUAUCAUAGCAUAUAAUUAUUAUUGGGUGGAGAAGACUGAGAAAGGGGAAAAUUUGAGAUGUGGUGUCUUAUUUAUUAUUCAGUGCCAAGAUCUGAAAAUUUUCCAGGUGUUACAUCUUACAAGAUAGCAAUGAAGCACCAUUAACAGCACAAAGAUCCUGUGAAUUUGCAGACCUUUCAGUUGGGUCCUUACCCCAGGACCCAACCUGGGAUAAGCUUUGUUCCCUGUGCAUAAUUGAAACCAAGAGGACAUGGGAUAGACACCAUGGAGGAUCACCUCUGCAGCCUUUGUCUUCUGGAACAUACUGUUCAUUGUUAAUUUAAAUAUAGGACUACCAAACAAUACAAAUCUACCGUGAGUCUGGUAGAAAAGUAAAAGUAAGAACUGCACAAGCUACGUACAUUAUUAUUCUAAUGUAAGUAGAACUAUCUGCAUAUAAUGUGAUUUAAUUUAUUGUUUUGUGUAGAAAAUGAAAAUUAAUGUCUGUGGAUACAGCCCCUGUUUUGUAUAAUAUAUUUUAUUUCUGGUGCAAACUGUUCACUUAAAAUAUUUACUUAAUUUGUUGUUUGGAUAUAAAUGUAUUAUGUGUUCUUGUAUAUGUUUCUAUUAAGCAAGAAUGCCACACACUCCAAGCAUAACAAUGUGUUCUCAUUAAAAAGUA